GUCUAUAUAUCUUUUUACUCUCACUAUCUUCUCAUAAUAGAUACCUACUACCAAAAGGCAAAACAGGGUUCAAGACACCUCAGUUCCCUCUAGCAACAUUUCAAUAUGGCUUCUUGCAACACAAAAUAUCAAUUCAUAUUGGUGUUGUUCUUCAUGUUAUGUGUAUUUGGAAAUUCAGACACAGAAAAGGACAAACAAGAGUGUACACAAUCAUUGAUUGGUUUAGCAACAUGUUUGCCCUAUGUUGGAGGUAAUGCACCAGCUCCGACACCAGAUUGCUGCACUGGAUUGAAACAAGUCUUGAAAGCUAACAAGAAGUGCCUUUGUUUGCUAAUUAAGGAUAGAAAUGAUCCUGAUUUGGGACUACAGCUCAAUGUUACACUUGCUUUAACCCUGCCCUCUGUUUGUCAAGCCCCUGCUAACAUUUCUGAAUGCCCUGCUCUUCUCCACUUGCCUCCAAAUUCACCCGAUGCUCAAGUAUUCUAUCAAAUAGGCCAUGGUUCAAGCAGCAUUGCUGGCAGUCCACGUGCAAAUGGCCCCAUGCCUUCUGUUGGAUCUAGUCCCACAGGUGCCCCUGCUGGUGCAGCAAGUGCUAAAUCUGCAGGUUGUCAUAUUGGAAAGAGAUGGUUUGGAUUAGAAGCUAUUAUUGGAGUAGUCCUCCUUUGGUCUUUAACUUCAAAUUUCUUCAUAUGAUUCUAGCUUAUUUCUGUCAUAAUAAUUAAAACUAUCAGUUAGUUAAAAGGAUGAUCCUUGUAUUCUUGCUUUACCUGUGUCUUGUUUGUCCUUUUAUUGAUAUUCACUAAUAUUUUCUCAGGAGUGA